UGGUUUACUUGAAGAGACUUCAGUUCCCCCGUACGUCUACGGCUGCAGCUGGCGUGGGGAGCUAACAGCGGCACUCAGUAGGAUCGUGAGGAGGUUCGCCGUCUUCCCGUCGCGGUGAAUAGGCCUACACGUUGUAACUUCACUCUAGGCCUACAUACAUGGCACCAGCUUCUCAUACAGAGUCAACUUUGAACGCAAAGUCUGUACCGGUAUUCCCCUCAGGGCGCGUAGCAGCCCCACGUGGCUGAAUUCGGUGAUGGUGCAACCAUGGGCUUGGCGAUUUUUGUGACAGAGUUUCUUCAUUAAGCUCGUACCGUGUAUAGGUCUAUACUUUAUUUAAAUGCGUCUGCACUGAAAUUAUUUUCCAAGAUGCCCUUUUUCCAGAGGAGGACAUUUAUUCUUGGAUGCUUACUGUACUUUUGCUUAAUAAUUACGACUGUAUCGUCCAAAAGUGUGCACCAUCUUCACCCGAAGAAAGGACUGAAGAAAGUCGAACUUCCUCCCCAUCCUCAAGUUGAGGAUAGUCCUGAUGUUGAGAACACGGAAGAGGAGGAAAUGUGGCUGGAGGAUUCGAUAGAUUACCCCGUGUAUGACCACCAAGGUGAUGCCCCGGACGAUGCAGGCACCCAGAACGAUGACCACUGCCCUCCGUACCCCACCGAAGCCUCUCCCAGGGCGUGCCGGGCGCGGCCGUGUAAGACGGAUAAGGAUUGCCACAAGGGCAACCAGAGAUGCUGCUUUAACGGUUGCAUGUUAACGUGCACUGCAGAAAUGACACAGCCGGCAGUGGUGGACUGGCAGAAGGAACCGCGCAGGCAAGGGCUGUCAGGAACUUCAUGGCUUAUUAAAGGCCCAGAGGAAACAGAUGACGUGGAACCCUGCACUACAACAAGGGACCCGGAUGAUGGUGACCCUUUACUCUGUCCCCAUGGUUAUGUCUGUCACAUCACUGACCCCGGUGACCCGGAACUAGGGGUACCUAACAGAGGACAGUGCCUGCAAGAAGAACAGGAGCAAAGAACUUCGUGGGUUAUCGAAGGCCCAGAGGAUAUAGGUGACGUGGAACCGUGUACUACAACAAAAGACCCGGAUGAUGGUGAUCCUUUGCUCUGUCCCCAUGGUUACGUCUGUCACAUCACUGACCCCGGUGACCCGGAACUCGGGGUUCCUAAUAGAGGACAGUGCAUGAAAGAAACACAGGAUCAAGGAACUUCGUGGCUUAUUAAAGACUCAAAGGAAACAGAUGACGUUGAACCCUGUACUACAACGAAAGACCCGGAUGAUGGUGAUCCUUUACUCUGUCCCCAUGGUUACGUCUGUCACAUCACUGACCCCGGUGACCCCGAACUCGGGGUACCUAAUAGAGGACAGUGCAUUAAGGAGAAACAGGAGAAAGAGUACAAAUCAAGGCGAAAAAUUCUCAAGUCAGAUCUGCGGAAGAGUGGAAAGUGUUUACUCGGUGCUACAAUCAUUCGAGAUCAGACCAUCAUACUACUGGGAGAUGAGAAAGAAAAAUGCAAAUGUCACAAAGGAACCAUCCAAUGCGGCGAUGAGUUCCUGUUCCCCGAUGUCAUUCGUUGACAAGGUGAUGUAUGAUGAGAUUUGAGAUUUGUGAGAAAAGAUACAUUCCUGACACUGUCAUUUGUCUAUCAUACAGAAUUGAUGAGUUGUUGGCAUACAGCUUGUGCUAGCAUGGUCACAGCCUGAGCAUGUUGAACAGACAUCGAUCCAAUGUGUAAGAAUUUGUCGCUACCAUUCUCCUUGUCAUAGCAAGUAGAAAUUUGAAAGUACAGCAAUUGGCCUUAACAUUUUACUAUUUGUAUUAUACAUACAUCAGCAUCAAAUAAAACGCCUUUCACACAGCAGUAAUGGCAGAAUUGUGCAUUGCGACAACAGUUUACGUUUAUGGGCUUUUGCGAUUUUAUUUAUAAAGAAGAUGAUGGAAAUAAAUCACUGUAGAAAAGCUAGAAAUGACCAGCAGGCUUUCCGGUGAAAAACCUUAUAUGAGUUUUACAUCCGGCCAAUGGGUUUUACUUCUGACAAUGCGUUAUAGUAUACGGUAUGAUUGAUGUCAUAUAUUGUCUUCAUCAAGGUUUCCUUGUUAGGCUGAUAACCCUGAGCGCAUGAACAUGUCCCUUAUACAACCACAUACAUGUAUGGUGGUUUAUGUAUAAACAUAGAAUAUAAUAUAUAUGAUAAAAUACGCAUGGAACAGAGAGCAUCUCUUAUUUUCAGCAGAAUGCCUUUCUGUAAGUAUUGCAAUUUCCGGAUAUGUUUACAAAAACUCCUCUCACUACAAUUUCCCGAUACAUUUACAAAAAAUCACCUCGCUGAAAAUUACUCGCACGUGGUGCGAAGACCAUGUGUACUGGUAUAGAAAUAAGCUAAAAUCUAAACGUGUUUUUAUGUGAGUAUUGUUUACCUGGUUCGUUUAGCAUUGUUUGUCCACUCAAAAAUUAAUCUGUUAAAUUUUAAGUGAAAGUAUGCUGUCUGAGUGAUGCUGGAAUGUAUUCUACUCUUGCAACAGAUUAUUCUGUUAAAUGUAACACACCUAUCUUAUUAAUUCAGCAUAAAGAUUCUGUUAGACUAACAAUAUAUUAUGUUGAAUAUGACACAGUAAUAUAUAUGCUAUAACAACAGACUACGUUCUAGCAUCACUCAGACAACAUAUUUUCUGUUAAAAUUAUCAGAUUAAUUUUUCGUUUAUUGCUACCAUGUCACUGUGAGUGUAGAGGGUAUAUUCUGUGACGAAGCUAUCCUGUUUACAUGUUAUAAUGGGGUUUUACUUGUUUCUUGUAACUGGGUGUCAACGAAGCAUUUGUGGAAUUCUAUCAUAUCUGAAACACGAAGCACACUUCCCCAAGAACCCACAGGUUGUGGCUUCCCGGAAACUCCGACUGAUAAGUCACUGACACAACUUGGCGGAUUGCGGCAUUACAGCUUCAUUGAUCAACAUAAAAGAUAAUUUCCUUACUUCAGACUCAUUCUUAUCCUUCCUAACUCAAUUAAAACAGUUACCGGUAUAUCAACGUUAGGAUUUGUUGUUAAACUGUUACAAUGUUCAGCCAUCCGUAUUCAUUCAUUUUCGUUUCUAAACAAUAUGUAAUCUUAUAUGCAACAAUGUCACAUCUGUCUUGUUUUUGUAUGGCAAUAAAAUAAUACUGUU